AUGUGGACCAGUCUGACUGUGUUUUCUUCGAAGGAUUAUGGGUUCCAUCAAAGCUUAGGCUCGGACCUCCAGGUGAUACCGACACCAUCGAUCGAGGCGUGUCGCUCCCACGCAGCCUUCCUCCGUCACUUGCACACUACCACUCAAACAUCGUACCAAAUGGAAUCCUACAAAAUCGUCCGAACAAUCGGCGUCGGCUCAUCCGGCUGCGCCCGCCUAGCCUACAACUCACAACGGGAGCGGGUCUGUGUGAAGGAAGUACCCCUCGGAGGCCUGACGGCGGAUGAAUGCAAGACGGCCAUCCGCGAAGUCAAAAUCCUCAAGUCGCUCCCGGAGCAUGAGUACAUCGUGAAGUACCGGGAUGCGUUUGUGCAGAAUGGGAGUUUACAUUUAGUUUUGAGUUAUGCAGAGCGCGGAGAUCUGGAUGCGUACUUGAAAGCUCGUCAGGGGAAACAUCUUUCGGAGAGCAGGAUCUGGCGAUGGGCUGUCCAGAUCUUGCUAGCCGUUCAACACCUACACAGGCAUAAGAUAUUGCAUCGGGACAUCAAGACCAAAAACAUUUUUCUUUCAGAAGCCAAUGAUUUGAUCCUUGGAGACUUUGGAAUCGCUCGAUCAUUGGCAUCCACGAUGGAUCGCGCACAGACAGCCAUUGGCACUCCGUUCUAUCUGUCACCAGAGAUAUGUGAGCGGAGACCGUAUGGGUGGAAAAGUGAUGUUUGGGCCAUCGGAUGCGUUCUGCAUGAAAUGGCUGCUCUCCGGCACGCCUUUGAAGCCAAAUCGCUGAGUCAACUGACCUCACGGAUUCGGAAAGGCACCCCCACGACCACAGUUCCAUCCACACACAGCACGGAGCUUCGAACCCUGAUCUCCUCCAUGCUGCAAACCGACCCGGACGCCCGACCGUCUGUUGAUGAGGCGCUGCGGUGGAUCCGAAUGAAGAUGAGGGGCGGGGAGGGAGAAGCGAAGGAGGUCAAUCUACCGCACGAUAUCAGCAAUGACGCGGCAGGUCGGUUAAAGCGCCGUGCACCGACUCGAUCAUCAAAGAAGACAACGUCCACCAAAGAGGAGUCAAAUGUUGGAAGAAGACAUGAGCUCCGGCAGCCGGAUGGCGAGGACGAAGCACAGGAUGCUGCACCACAGAUCAAUGUAAAAGCCUCACAAAUGCCUAUCAACAAUCGAGAGGCAUGCCAAUAUGAAUGGCCGGAGGGCCCAGGAAUGUUCAUGGAUAUCAUGAACCGCGUCAACCCAUCAGACUCGAUCUUCACACGCAUCGAGAUCGCGCGCCUGUACAUUGAACGAGUCAUUGGCCUUGACGCUCUUUUAAAGGUAGAGUUGACCCGUACGCGCAAGUGUACCUCAGCGAAACUGACCGGUGUCUUCGACCCAUUGCAGCUAUCCGGCCGACCAGGCAUCCCACAGCCCCACGAAGCGCACCGGAAUUAUGGCGGCGAAGGCGAAGCUGAUGACUACUCAGCACGAGAGAAAGAGAUGGUCAGGCGACUGGGUGAGUGCCCUUGCGGCGUGGGUCGAUCUCUGCGACUGGAUUGA